UUUAGCAACAUUAGUCCAAAAAAUCUGCUUUAUUUACAAAUUCUAACGAAUUCCAGAAUUUGAUGCAUUAUUGUUAGACAUAUACACGCGCGUCGAAAGCGAGAGAUAAUCUUCUUGGGUUCAGCGGAGGCAUAGUUACGUGAUUCACCCGUCGUCUGCUCACGGCCAAAAAUUUCGAACAGAGUGGAACAACAAAGAAUUUCAUCUUUGACUCCAUCUUUCUGGAAACAAUGGAGACAGACCCUCAAAAAGAAAAUGUGAUAAUGACAGGAGGGUCAUUCACUGCCAGCGAUGACACAGACUCAGUUAUAACCUCUCAACCGCGCAGAACUUCGCGCAUGGAAACUGGAAAUCGGGCAAAAGCUAUAACAGCGGGAAGAACAACUUUUGACGAUGCACAUUGUGAAAGAGACUGGGCCAGUGGACUUUGUCAAUGUAAAAGUGAUGAUAGACGACAUUGCUGCUGUUAUUUAUGCUGUUGGCCAUACUUGAAAUACUUAACGGCGACACGUCUUGGAGAAACCCCAUUCAUGGCUCUGAUCCCAUGCGCGGUGUUUGCUCUCCGUAUAAAAGUUAGAACACUGUUCGGAAUUAAGGGAUCAUUGAUAAAAGACUUUUGCACCACCCUGUGUUGUGAGCCAUGUGCUGUCUGUCAAAUGAGUAAAGAACUGGACAGCAUAGGGUUGUGAUAUUGAGACUGUACUGUACAUCGAUAACACAUUUAUCACUUUCAUUGACUAUAUGUUUUCAGGAUUUUGUAUUUCAAAUCCAUUUUUGCAUAUAAGAAUCUGAUUUUAUAACAUUACUUUUAAUAUAUAUUUUGGCCCGUUGCACUCGUUUUACCGUUGGUAACUAAACGAUCUUGAAUCAUUUAUAAAUGUUCUGUUGUGAUUGAACAGUUUGUCACCGAGAAUAACUUAUUUUUUGGAUAUUGGCAAAAAUUGUCACAAUAACUUACAUGAUGGGAAUGACUCAUUUAAUUACAACCUUGAUAUAUGUAAUUGAUUAAUAAGAGUCAUUAAAUGAUUGAUAUGGAG